GAGAGAUGUGUAGUGGUAUCAGUGUGCGUCUCACAGUGGAUCGUCGUAAAGCGGCGAGAUGUGGAGGGUAGUGGAGCUCGCGGCGUGUUUGCUGAUGAUGUUCAGUCAUGUUUCAUCUCUAAGUAAGAUCUUUGGAGAGGAACAAGUCCGAAUGACAUCAGAGGGUUCCGACUGCCGCUGUAAGUGUAUCAUGCGACCUUUGACCCGGGAUGCGUGCGCCCGCUUGAAGACGGGAAGCGUGCGCGUAGAGGAUUUCUACACGGUGGAGACGGUGAGUUCAGGAUCCGACUGUAAAUGUUCCUGCACGGCUCCGCCUUCCUCUCUCAACCCCUGCGAGAACGAAUGGAAGAUGGAAAAACUCAAGAAACAGGCACCAGAACUGCUGAAGCUGCAGUCUAUGGUGGACCUUUUAGAGGGAACGCUCUUCAGCAUGGACCUCCUUAAAGUUCACUCGUACAUCAACAAGGUGGUGUCUCAGAUGAACAACCUGGAGGAGAUGGUUAAGGUGAACAUCUCACGGGAGAAUGACUUCAUUAAAGACAGCGUGGCAACUUUGUCCAAUCAGCUGCGCCAGUAUGAAAAUCAAUCUGACAUCAUGAUGAGUAUCAAGAAGGAACUGUCCAAUCUGGGCCUGCAGCUGCUGCAGAAAGACCCCGCCCCCUCUGGCCCAAAGAGCAAAUCACAGGACACGGUGGGGAUGAAUAUUAAAGAUGCUUCAAAGUUUCCUAAGAAGAAACCAGAGAAAGCCAAACCGCCACCUAAACCGGUGAAGGAAAAACCAGGCAAACCAAAGAAAGAGACCACUAAACCCGGUAAAACAGAGCAAACGGAAGCGCCCAGUAAAAGCAAACCAUCACAGAACCAGCCGGGACUCAUCCGAGGAAUCACAUACUACAAAGCCACCAAAACUGAUGAGACGAGCAACCAAAAUGUUAGAGAUGAAGAGAAAGCCGAUGAAGCAGACACACUGCUAGAGGUAGAGGAGAGCAUCACUCCACCAGUUACCUUAGCAACAGACAAAACCACAACUACCGUACCCACGACAACAACCUCCACUGUUUCCACGACGACAACAACCACCACCCAGGCCACAUCAACCAGCCGAAUCAUAUAUAGUGAAGAAAGACCGGCGCCGACCAUCACGCUAGUGCUGGACAACACUGGCAACAACACGUACAUUACAGUUAAACAGCAGAGCUGUGAAGGGACCCUUGGGUCCAUCGAGCUGCCCAUCAAAAAGAACAGCUACGGCAGGAACGAGGGGGCUUGGAUGAAGGAUCCGGUCGCCAAGGACUCAAAAAUCUAUGUCACCAACUAUUACUAUGGCAACAACCUUGUGGAGUUCCGGAACUUGGACAACUUUAAACAGGGUCGUUGGAGUAAUCUAUACAAGCUACCUUAUAACUGGAUCGGAACCGGUCAUGUUGUGUACAGAGGAGGCUUCUUCUAUAACCGCGCUUUCACAAAGAACAUCAUUAAAUACGAUAUCAGACAACGCUUCGUAGCAGCCUGGUCUCAACUGCACGACGUCGUCUAUGAAGACACCACACCUUGGAAGUGGAAAGGCCACUCUGACAUCGACUUCGCCGUAGACGAGAGCGGGCUCUGGGUCAUCUACCCGUCCACCGACUACGACUACGGACAGGCCGAGGUGAUCGUGGUCAGUAAGCUCGACCCCAAUGACCUGUCGGUCAAAAAGGAGACCACGUGGAGGACGAGACUGAGACGGAAUUCCUUCGGUAACUGCUUUAUAAUAUGUGGCGUCCUUUACGCCGUGGACGUUUACAACCAGAGAGAAGGAGAGGUUUCAUACGCGUACGAUACGCUCACCGGUUCUGAAGCGUCUCCACGGUUACUUAUUAAUGAGUACGGAUUCACCACACAGGUGGAUUACAACCCUAAAGAGAAGGUUCUGUAUGCAUGGGAUAAUGGACAUCAACUUAAUUAUAACAUCAACUUUAUUGAGCAGGAAAAGAAUUGAGCUUCGACUGGUGGAUCGUAAGCGUAAUCCGAUUGGUUUCUGACAAAGAGCGACGUAUUUCAUGUCCUCGUGAACUUAAUUUUUGGGGGGGAUUAUAUUAGGACAAAGGGACAUAACACUUGUUGAAUGCCCAAGAUUGGUGUCAAUGUUCCGGUUUCGGAGUUCAAGUGCCGUUUAACAUUUUAACAAUUUUAUCUUCAGUUUUAAACCUGAAGCUACAUGUUAUAACAAAUGGGCGUGUUUGGUUGAGAAUAAAAUACGUAUGGCCUAUUUAAGAAAAAUGACCAUAACCAAAGAAUAUAAAGUUAUUAAUUUACCGAAUUGUAAUGGUAACUAGCAUCCACAUCCAUCGACGAUAACAGUUCUGAUACAGUUUCACUCCAAGACUGCACAAGCCCAAAACAGAUCCGUUUUUAUUUGUUUUCUCUUCCAUCAGCUAGGAAAAAAUUGCUCUGACAGCUGCUGUCAUUUCAUUCAGUUGUUAAUACUUAUGGUUAUUAAAAAUAUGGUUAUCGUUGUUGUUAUUGGCAGGGGUGCCGCCAGAAAUUCUGGGCCCUAUGGAAACCAAAAUUUCUGGGCCCCCUACAUUUUUUACAGAUAAAAUUUAACCCAAUAAACAUGCCCUGUAUACUUAAAAAAAGAUACUUAGCACAUUGCAUAAAAUGUCUAAAGAUGAGUACAAAGCCUACAAAAACAAGAAAAAAUAUGUACUUGUUUACAUAAAUGGGAGAACAUUUAUUAUCGCAAUUGCAAGCACAACAGAACAUUAUGUACACAUAUUGACAUAUACUUUUACAUGAACAAGCUUUAGCUGGGCCAAACUGCUCAAUCAAGAAACAUCAGCUACAGUAGAACUAACCCGUAAUUAAAUCCGUCCAGGAAUAAAACGAGGUGCAGACAAUAAAGCUGGCUCUGCAUCUGUAUAAGUCACGCACGCAGGCACGCACACACUCACACACACCAUAUUAUUUUUAUUGGCCUAUUUAGUUUUCUUAAUAUGAAAAAUUUAAAUAUCUAUUUUGUAAACUUCUUAUAGCCAAUACACGUUUUAUUCCAUUUUAUAUAAUUUUUUUGGGGGCAUUUUAUUCAUAUUAAGAACGUCAAGUUUGACAGCAUCGAUUUUAGCAGCAGCCCUGUCAUUUCACAGAGCACACGACACACACGACACGGCAAACUGACUUUUUGUUUUGCAAAGUUAUCAUCAUGUGGUGAACACAGUAGAUAAGACGUGUUUAGAGGCUUCAAUCUUCGCGAAGUUUCGCGCUCAGGCUCACCUUGUUCGGGGAUGGGGGACGUGGGGGAAGGAGGACGUGGGUGUGCAGCAGCGCUGAAUCUGUGUUUACGAGACAUGAUAACGUCCCGGAGACAGCAGAGAUGUUAUUAUUGUUGGAUGUAAAUCAUAAUUCAGUAAUUAUUUUACUAAGCUAGCUAGAUAAAAGCAGGUCAUGUAGAAACAAAAAUAAGUUUUGGAAUACAGGAAUAGGGCAAGCUACCUUUCUUUAUGAAAAACUGUGUGACAUAAUGUCGACUUUGGCGUUCUCUGUCUUCUCUUUCCUUCUUUUCUUUCCGUUUUUGAUGCCCUGACUUUUGAUGUGACAUGUCUGCGUGUGUCACUGUCUGCGCUGCAUCAUAACAAGUCCAAUUAACAAAAGACGCUACACUAGCGAUCGUAGCUCGGACAGCGCAGGUGGAAUGAACCAUUGUGAGGGGAGGGGUGUGAUUGAAACAGUAAAUACAUUUUUUUGUUUUUUAAAUAUUAAAUCUAUGGUCAAAACGGAGAAAAUACACAGUUAGUGCACGAGGGGCCCUAGCACAUUUAAUGCAUGUUUAAAAAAAGAAAAGAAAUAGGAAAAUAAAAAGGGGGUCUGCUCUUCUGGGCCCUAAAUUAGCCUGGGCCCUUAGAAUCGUCCUAACCUUCCACCCCUUUACGGCGCCCAUGGUUAUUGGGCCUUUACAAACAUUUUGACUCAAAUCCGAAUCCCUCAUUUGCUGUCUUCAAACGUUUCAUGACUCCGAACAGCGUUUCUGGAAAUAAAUACUUAGCAAUAACAUAGGUUCUGAUGUUUCAUGUACCUGUAAAGAAAGUUUAUAAACCUUACACGCAUUCUCGACACACCUGCAGGAAUGUUUAUGUCUGUUUUCAUAUUAAACGUUCCAGAGAAUUCAUUGUGUGGGUUUCAGCCCAUGUAGUCUCAGUGGGCUGGUAAUACCAUGAUAUCAUGCUGAAAGGCAGCUGUGUGUUUUAAUAAGAGAGCCCUAAUGAUGUUUGUCUCUCUCAUGACAGGGCAGGGUUAUGUAUAGAAUGUUUAUAACAAACAGGGAUAUGCAGGGAAAGUCUCUGUAGUGCAUGGUUAGGGUACAGACUGUAUAUGUAAUGCAAUUCAAUGUUAUUGUUUAAUAUUAUUUGUGGUCCUUGUGCUCAUUGUAAGUAGCAGAACAUUUUUAUUUUAAGUUGGAGUUUAGAAACGGCAUCUUUCACAAAAGGAAGAGAUUUCUUUAACUCUUCUAAUGCAGCAUGUCUGAUUUUAAUAAAACGAUAUUGUUAA